AGGAGGAGGAGGAGGAGGAAGAACAAGAGCCAUCAUUUCCAAUGAAAUUAGAGCAACAAUCAUACACCAUGUUCUGGUUCAUGGAAUGAGUAUGAGGGAAGCAGGACUACGUGUUCAACCAAAUAUAAGCAGGUUCUCUGUGGCCUCCAUUGUCAGGACAUUCAGAGAACACAACCGAAUUGAAAGACUGCCACAUGCCGGUGGAAGGAGAGGUAUAUUCUCACAAGAGCAGGAGACCAUUAUUGUCAAUAUGGUCCUUCAAAAUAAUCUCAUUCGUCUGCGAGAAAUACAACAGCGAGUUGAGGAAGACAACGAGAACUUUGAAGGAAUCAACAGUGUGAGUCUCUCCACAAUUGACCGUGUCCUGAAACGCAACCUGAUAAGUCUCAAACAAGUCUACAGAGUACCAUUUGAGAGAAAUUCUGAGAGGGUAAAAGAGCUACGAUAUCAAUAUGUACAAAGAAUGUUUCAACUGGAUUCCAUGGAGAGGCCUCAUGAGUGCAUCUUCUUGGAUGAAGCUGGCUUCAAUCUCACCAAGAGGAGAAGGAGAGGCCGCAAUAUUAUUGGUCAACGAGCCAUUGUAGAGUUGCCAGGGCAGCGUGGUGGCAACGUGACCAUAUGUCCUGCCAUCAGCAGCUACGGGGUUAUUCACCGCCAUGUGACUUUAGGACCUUACAACACUGCCCAUCUUAUAACGUUUCUGUAUGCUCUACAGGAAGCAUUACUGAGACGUGAAGAGAGAGGUGAUGAGCAGGCAGAGCAUCCCAUGUACGUGGUAAUCUGGGACAAUGUGAGCUUUCACCGUGGUCCUAGAAUCCGUGAGUGGUUUGAAAAUAACCCACGUUUUAUAAAUGUGUGCCUCCCACCAUACUCGCCCUUCCUUAAUCCCAUUGAAGAAUUUUUUUCUGCAUGGAGGUGGAGGUCAUGA